AUAUAUACAUAGUAAAAUAAAAAAGAAUGACAGAAAUGCAGUUACAUACAAAUGCCAGCGAUAAAAUGGCAAGUUUAAUGAAAGAGGCGGAAAAUUUAAAGGCCAAAUUGGAAGAAGAGCGACAAAAGCUUAAUGAUGUUAGUCUGUCGUCCAUAGCCGAACGUCUAGAACCAAUUUCCUAUGUAAAUAUUAAGCCUCGAAAGGUGCUUAAGGGUCAUCAGGCUAAAGUGCUCUGCACAGAUUGGAGUCCAGACAAACGUCAUAUAAUCUCUUCAUCCCAGGAUGGUAGAUUAAUUAUAUGGGACGCUUUUACCACCAAUAAGGAGCAUGCUGUUACCAUGCCCACUACCUGGAUAAUGGCCUGUGCUUAUGCACCAUCUGGCAAUUAUGUGGCCUGUGGUGGCUUGGAUAACAAGGUUACUGUAUAUCCCAUUACCUCAGAUGAGGAAAUGGCGGCCAAGAAACGUACGGUGGGAACACAUACCUCCUACAUGUCCUGUUGUAUUUAUCCCAAUUCUGAUCAGCAGAUAUUAACGGGCAGUGGUGAUUCUACUUGUGCAUUGUGGGAUGUCGAAUCGGGUCAACUGCUACAAAGUUUCCAUGGUCACUCGGGUGAUGUUAUGGCUAUCGAUUUGGCACCCAACGAAACGGGCAACACAUUUGUUUCGGGCAGUUGUGAUCGUAUGGCCUUCAUAUGGGACAUGCGUUCGGGUCAAGUUGUGCAAUCCUUUGAGGGUCAUCAGUCGGAUGUGAAUAGUGUUAAAUUUCAUCCCAGCGGUGAUGCCAUUGCCACUGGUUCGGACGAUAGCAGUUGCCGUCUGUUUGACAUGAGGGCUGAUCGUGAGGUAGCGGUUUUCUCCAAAGAGAGCAUAAUUUUUGGCGUCAAUUCAGUGGAUUUCUCCGUCAGCGGACGUUUACUAUUUGCCGGUUACAAUGAUUAUACCGUUAAUUUGUGGGAUACUUUAAAAUCGGAACGUAUUUGUUUACUGUAUGGUCAUGAGAAUAAGGUUUCUUGUGUGCAAGUAUCACCUGAUGGUACUGCAUUGUCCACCGGCAGCUGGGAUUAUACCAUACGUGUUUGGGCUUAAGGUGGUAGGUAGUAAGACAGGGAGUAUGUAAACUUAACUUUUGUCUGAUUUUCAAUUGAGUUGGGUACAAAAAUUUGGAUUUUCUUUUCCAAAACUUUAGGCAAAUUCGAUUAUUUUGCUGAAAUCUAAUUUGUUUGCCUGGCUUCAAUUGAAAAUUAAGCAUUUCAGCCAAAUAUGUAUGCUCGUACUUGUACUCGGAUAUAUUAUAACGCAUAAAUAUUGUAGUUUGUUGUAAAAUGUUAUCUAAAUUAUUAAAUAAAUAUGUAUAAUGUAAACAAAAA